CCCUGAGCUAGAUUGGUAGAUCUAGUCUAAAUUCAAUAUAGGCUAGUGUUUUUUAUUUUUUGUUUUCAUUCAUCCAAGAUUCAAGAUGUCGGGUGUUUACGAUGCACCGGUACCUGAUCACAGGAGAAAAUGGGACAAAGAAGUGUACGAAAAGUUGGCGCAGGAAAGACUGAAGGAGCUAGAAGAUGACAGCAGUGAAAGUGAGGAAGAGCACACAAUACCAGUGAAAAGAGAGCUGCUGAAACCUAGAGAUUACAAAGUUGAUUUGGACUCCAAACUUGGCAAAUCUCAAGUGAUAACAAAAACAACACCAGCAUCUCAACAAGGAGGCUAUUAUUGCAAUGUGUGUGAUUGUGUUGUUAAAGAUUCCAUCAACUUUCUGGAUCACAUCAAUGGCAAAAAACAUCAGAGAAAUUUGGGGAUGUCCAUGAAAAUUGAGAGAUCAUCUCUAGAUCAAGUCAAAGCCAGAUUUGAACUAAAUAAGAAGAAGAAAGAGGAAAAGAAAAAAGACUAUGACUUUGAAGAAAGAGUCAAAGAAUUACAAGAAGAGGAAGAAAAACAGAAAGCAUAUAAAAAAGAGAAGAGGAAAGAUAGAAAAAGAAAAGCUAAUGACAGCAUUGAUGAUAUAGAUCCCGACAUGUCUGCUGUUAUGGGUUUUUCUGGGUUUGGGGGAUCAUCCAAAAACAAUUGAUAUUGUUAAAGUUUAGCUUUUUUUAUCAUGAGAUGACAUUGUUUUUAUUUUCAUUUCACAAAAUAUGUAUAUAAUUAUUCCUUUUUUUUAAAAGUAUUUGUCAAGUCUCCAUGUCUUGAAAAUAAACACAAAUUAACACA